AGGAGGAGGAUGAACAUAUUGCAGCAGGCUGUUCGGAUCGUCGAAGAACAGGGUGGUAGUGAUGCUUCUGGGUGCAAAGGGCUUUGGAGGGGCAGCAAAGUUUUUGUUGCUCAUCGGCUGGCUUUUUACGGAAUCCACUUGUCCGCCUAUAUGAAUUUCAAGGCUCUACUACAGGGGAGUGGGCGGCUGAAUCCAGUCGGGGUGGCUUUUAUCGGCGGAGGAUUGGCAGCACUAACUGCUUCCUCGGUUUUGUAUCCGUUGGAUACUGUUAAAACA